AAUAUUUUAUUUUAUAAAGCAUUCUUGCAACUAGUACACAACUGUAGGAUUCCAUGACAAGUUUGGAAUCACACUCCUGCAAAUUACCACCAACGCCACAUACACAAGCCUCUCUCUCAACAGCGACAUCAUCAAUUUCUAUUUGGUCUCAUGCUAACGGAGACGGAGAAGACAAAACACUCUCCGUGAAUUUCUAUUUCAUCUUUCAUCUUCUCGCACCACCAGCAGACUCCGCCAUCUUCUAACUUUUCGACGAAAUGCCCGAACGAGAGGACGACAAGUCAAAGGAAAAUCAGACUGUUGGAGGAGACAAGGGAGAGACGCUCAUGGACUUGGAUCCUGAUCUCGACACCUCCUGGCCUCUGGAUCAGAUCUCUUUUCUUUCCAAUCCUUUGUCUCCUCUUCUGCUUUCCUCCUCUGACCAGCCAUGCUCUCCUCUUUGGUCUUUCUCUGACGCUGACGAUGACAAGCUUCUUCCUGCUUCUUCAUCUUCUCACGCUACUCCUCCUCCUCCUCUCCGCUUCACUGAUUAUCCUAUUUUUCUCGCUUGUAAACCCAAUUCAGUUACUGAAAACCAUACAGAAAUUGAUGAUAGAAGGAAAAUUCCUUCUCCACUUCUGGGAUUGAUGCCUAUUGACAACCCAGAUGGAUAUUGUGUAAUCAAAGAGAGGAUGACACAGGCACUUCGAAAUUUCAAAGAAUCAACUGAACAGCAUGUUCUAGCUCAGAUUUGGGCACCUAUGAAGAGUGGGGGUCGGUAUGUACUGACAACUUCAGGGCAACCCUUUGUGAUUGAUCCUUAUAGUAAUGGACUUCAUCAGUAUAGGAUGGUCUCUUUGAUGUAUAUGUUCUCAGUGGAUGGAAAUUGUGAAGGUGAACUUGGGCUUCCUGGCCGUGUUUUUCGGCAAAAAUUGCCGGAAUGGACACCUAAUGUCCAGUAUUACUCGAGCAAGGAGUAUCCACGGCGUGAUCAUGCUUUACAUUACAACGUUCAGGGAACUUUGGCAUUGCCAGUAUUUGAACGGUCAGGGCAGUCCUGUGUUGGUGUGCUUGAGCUCAUAAUGACUUCACAGAAGAUUAACUAUGGACCUGAGGUUGAUAAAGUCUGCAAGGCACUUGAGGCAGUAAAUUUGAAAAGUUCGGAAAUAUUGGAUCAUUCAAGUACACAGAUUUGCAAUGAAGGUCGUAAAAACGCACUGGCUGAAAUAUUGGAAAUAUUGACAGUGGUUUGUGAAACUCACAAAUUAGCUUUGGCUCAGACUUGGGUUCCUUGCAUGCAUCGUAGUGUUCUAGCCUUCGGAGGUGGUUUAAAGAAGAGUUGUACCAGCUUUGAUGGUAGUUGCAAUAGCCAGGUCUGCAUGUCCACGACUGAUGUGGCAUUCUAUGUUGUAGACCCUCAUAUGUGGGGUUUUCGGGAGGCAUGUCUUGAGCAUCACUUACAGAAGGGUCAAGGCGUUGCUGGGAGGGCAUUUUUGUCUCACAAUGCAUGCUUCUGCCCAGACAUUACCCAAUUCUGCAAGACAGAGUACCCCUUAGUUCACUAUGCACGCAUGUUUGGAUUGGGCGGCUGUUUUGCAAUCUGCUUGCGCAGCAGUUAUACUGGAGAUGAUGAUUACAUUCUUGAAUUUUUUUUGCCCCCUACCGUCUCAGACAAUUAUGAACAGAAGACUUUGUUGGGCUUCCUAUUGGCAACGAUGAAGCAGCAUUUUCAGAGUCUUAAGGUUGCUUCUGGAAUGGACCUUGAAGAAGAGGAAGGAUUUGUUGAGAUCAUUCAAACUUCUAUGAGUGGGAAACUUGAUUUGAGGCUUGAAUGCAUUCAAAUACCCGAGUCUCCAAAAUCUCCCCCUAAUGUUAAUACAUCACCAAAGGAAGGACAGAUGGCCCGGCCAGAUCCAUUAAAGCAUCAGUUGAUGGUGAACUUGGAUGUUGUAGAUAAUGGAGGCAACAAAGGUCAUGCAGAGGGAAGCCACUUUCCUACUCUUCCAGGGAAUAAAGGGAACAAAAAACCAUCUGAAAGGAAACGUGGGAAAACUGAGAAGUCGAUUAGUCUAGAGGUUCUUCAACAAUAUUUUGCUGGGAGUCUUAAAGAUGCUGCAAAGAGCCUUGGUGUUUGUCCUACUACAAUGAAGCGCAUCUGCAGGCAGCAUGGGAUCUCACGUUGGCCAUCUCGCAAAAUCAGCAAGGUUAACCGAUCCCUCUCUAAGUUAAAGCGGGUGAUUGAAUCUGUCCAAGGUGCUGAAGGAACAUUCAAUUUAACUAACCUCACUACAAGUUCACUUCCUGUUGCUGUUGGUUCAAUUUCUUGGCCAUCCAAUCUGAAUGGAUGCAAUCAACAAAGCUCACUGAACUCUAAAUCCCCUGAACCUAAUGAUGAAAAGAAAGGAUCGCCAAUCUGCAAAGCAGCAGGAAGUGAUGGACAGGGUGGAGGUGAAAAUCAAUUGAUAGGAGGAAGAAUAUUAAGUUGUGAGGAACUGGUCCUGCAAAAUGGGUUUUCACCAGAAAUAGGACUAGUCUCAGACAGAUUCAAAGCAGGGAAUGUCUUGGGGGAAGAGAGUGCUGGGACUUCAACGUCUCAUGGUUCAUGCCAAGGAAGCCCAGCAAAUGACAGCGCAGCUGCAAAGGAUUCACCCAUUUCUCCUGUCCAUGAACAAUGCGAUAAAGUAGCUAUUGCUCCUGAAUUGGAAUUUCAACCAAAAGGAGAAUUGAACCUGUCAGCUGCAUACUCAAUACCUGAUGCCAUAGUUGCAACAGAAGCUCAAGCACCAUUUGGAGAAAUACUUAUUGAGGAUGCUGGAAGUUCAAAAGAUCUUAGAAAUCUUUGUCCUUCAGUGGCAGACACAAUUUUAGAAGAGCGGGUUCCAGAAUCUAGUUGGACAAAUCAUCUGGUUCCAGAUUUCCCUACCACACAAGCCAUGGCUGCUCAAGAACAUGAAAUGCCACAGAUAAGAGCUAGGCAAGAAAUGAAAACUGUAACCAUAAAGGCAACGUACAGAGAAGAUAUAAUAAGGUUCCGAAUCUCCCCCAGUUCAGGGAUUGUGGAGUUGAAAGAGAAAGUGGCCAAGAGGUUGAAGUUGGAGGUGGGUAAUUUUGAUAUAAAGUACCUGGAUGAUGAUCAUGAAUGGGUUUUGAUAGCCUGUGAUGCAGACCUGCAGGAGUGUAUUGAUUUUUCAAGAUCAUCAGGCAGCAGUAUAAUCAGAUUGUCAGUUCAUGAUAUGAAUGCCAAUCUUGGAAGCUCCUGGGAGAGCAAUGGCGAGUUAUGAUUAGGUUGUAUAUAUGGCAGGUUUAGAGCAUCAUUUUUAGAGUCGUAGGAUCCAGGGAAAUGGAGGUGGAUUUUUGUUCCAGGAAUUUCCUUGAGCUGCAUCAAAUUUUCCAUGGAAUUGUAGAAAUCCCCGUCUCUAUAUUGUGGAAGAGUGACUGGGCAAGUCCUUUCCAAUCAAUAUAUAAGCAGUUUUUCUCAUAAAAUAGCUUGCAACUCGAAAGCAUCUGAUUUUUAUGCUUAGAUUCAGAGGUUAUUCUGCGAAGCCAAUUGCAACUGUAGUUCUUACCAACGUUGGGAAUGAGCCAUUAUUUUAACAA